UAAGAUCGACCAGUGGUGUGAAACAACAUUUAUUCAUCAUGGAGAAUUCACCGAAUGAUGAAUAUACUUUAAAGCACUUCUAUUAUCCACUCAAUAUAUCAGAUGAUCAAGAUAUGAGUGACAAUAAAAAGACCGCAAUGAGAAGGAGCAACAGUAUAGAUGCUUUUUUUGAAAAGCAAAAGAAAAAGAAGAGACAGUCAAAGUCUUCAUGUGUAGCGCAAGCAAGUGACGGGGGCCUAUCAUAUAUCUCAUCCAACGACGAUGACAGUAUCAGUGCAACACAUCUAAUCAAAAUAGACAUCUAUGACAUGAAGAGUCUUAAAGAUGUUUCGCCUCUUGAAUACUGGAAAUAUGCAGAUUUGCGAUUAAAGUACUACGUUGAAUCUGCUGGUGAUAAGCACUAUCAAAGCAUGCGAGAUAUUAUAUACAACAUUACAAAGCAAAUCGCUGGGAAGCAUGACUGUAAAAAAUACUUUAUUGACAGAGAUAACCAGAAACAAUAAGUAUUCUCUGAACCAGCGGUCGGUAAACAUCACAAAGUAAAAAGACCCUCUAUAUAAACGUAGUUGUAUUUUAUUUUGUAUUUUGCUUUAAAAUUUAUUUGAAAACAAUAAUGGGACUAUUAAAAAGUACUUUACAAACAGUAAAAAAAAUAACAAUAUGAAAUCCCACUCCAACCAUUC